GAAUUGACACAAAAACAUAUAGAAACUAAAAUAUAAAUGGAUGAGAAAAUGACAGGAUGACAAUGAAAUGAAGUAGCCAACAAACCCAGUAGCAGAGAGGUUUUCCAAUUCCAGAGAACUUGAAGCAUGGUUUAUAACAAAUAUGCAUCUCCUGUUGUGUCAGUUUUUGUUGUUAUGAUAUUUUCUCAUGCUGCUGCAUACGAUCUGCUGGAUCCAACUGGGAACAUAACCAUCAAAUGGGAUGUGAUGUCUUGGACACCAGAUGGUUAUGUGGCGGUAGUGACGAUGACCAAUUUCCAAAUGUAUCGGCACAUUAUGAGCCCUGGAUGGACAUUGGGAUGGACAUGGGCGAAAAAAGAAGUGAUUUGGUCAAUGGUUGGGGCUCAAGCUACAGAACAAGGAGACUGUUCCAAGUUCAAAGGAAACAUCCCUCACUGUUGCAAGAGAAAUCCCACAGUGGUUGACUUGCUUCCUGGAGUCCCUUACAAUCAACAAAUUGCCAAUUGCUGCAAAGGCGGUGUUGUGGCGUCGUGGGGACAAGACCCUUCAGCUGCAGUUUCUUCCCUUCAGCUCAGUGUUGGACUCGCAGGUACUACAAAUAAAACAGUGAGACUGCCGAAGAAUUUCACCUUGCUUGCUCCAGGAAGAGGCUACACUUGCAGCCAGGCAAAAAUAGUGCCACCAACUGCUUUCUACUCGUCUGAUGGGCGUCGAAGAACUCAAGCGAUGAUGACAUGGAAUGUGACAUGUACUUACUCACAGAUUCUGGCUUCUCGGAACCCAACCUGUUGUGUCUCCAUGUCAUCUUUUUACAACUCUACCAUCACCCCUUGUAAAAACUGUUCUUGCGGCUGCCAGAACAGAAACAAUUGUGUCCAGAGUGGUUCAGAGAUUAGAAGUGUUGUGGGAAUGAACACACCAAGUAACACUCCAUUGCUACAAUGCACACAACAUAUGUGUCCUGUCAGGGUCCAUUGGCAUGUUAAGCUCAACUACAAGGACUAUUGGCGUGUCAAGAUUUCCAUCACCAAUUUCAACUAUGCAACUAAUUACACACAAUGGACACUCGUCGUCCAGCAUCCGAAUCUCAACAAUGUCACUGAAGUUUUCAGCUUUGACUACAAGCCACUGAUCCCAUACAAGUCCACAAAUGACACUGGAAUGUUUUAUGGAUUAAAGUUCUUCAAUGAUGUCCUGAUGCAAGCUGGAGCAGAUGGAAAUGCUCAGUCAGAGUUGAUUCUGGAAAAGGAUGUAAACACGUUCACAUUUAAGCAGGGUUGGGCAUUUCCUAGGAAAGUCUACUUUAAUGGGGAUGAAUGCAUGAUGCCUCUUCCUGAAGAUUAUCCAUACUUACCAAACUCUGUUCACAGAAUCCCAAUAUCAUCAUCUGCACUUGGUGGCUUUUUGCUUUUGUUAUUGCUAGGCUUUUGGUGACUAAUUGAAUAGAGAUGAAAUCUUCAGGAAUAGGUAUAUUCCUCUUUCAUGCAAUUCUGAAAACAAAAGGUUUCAAGUAGUGAAGUUCCUUCAUUGUGUAUUACACUAAAAUAUAAAUAUUUAG